AAGGGGGCGGGGGCAGCAGAAGGGAGGGUGGCUGCAGUGCAACAGCAACAGCAGCAUCGCAGUGCACUGCAUGAAGUUAUUUUCCCUGUCCAGCCGGUCUCCAAGGUUGUCAUCCACUGCGAGCGGCUUUUCGGCCUGUUCCUCGAGUCCCGCGACGGCCCACUCCCGGUGGAGUCGCGCUGUCAAAGCCCUAGGCCUGAGCGCGGGGACGUAUGUGAGAUGUGAGUGAAGGCGCCGUACUCCCCGUCGCUGUCGCUGCGCCUGCACCCCUUUCCAGCUCCCCCGAUCCCGAUUUCACCGCCAGCGCCAUGGACUUCGAGAGCCCCGACGUGGAGAGGGAGUUCCCUGGCCUCUACCUGUCCGAGUCGGGCUCCGGGAAGCGGAGCCAAGACAGUGACUUCAGCGACGACGCUCAUGAACGGUCCACCAAGAAGGAUCUGCUCAUUGGCAAGAGGAAGGACAAGAAGGAGUCGAAGAAGGACCUGGGCUACGCCGCUCUUGAAGGAGAGAGCUCUCCGGAGGAGGAUGUGGACGUUAAGAGUCCGUGCAAGUCAAAAAAGUCUAAAUCAUUUAAAUUUCCUACGAUCAAAGAAAAGAGAGAGAAAUCAAGAGAGAAAGACGUGAAGGAAAAGGAUAAAGACAAGGAGAAGGAAAAGGACAAAGAUGUGGAUCGUGAUAAGGAGAAGAAGAAGGAGUCCAAGUCUAAACUUAAAUUGAAGGACAAGAAAAAGUUGAAGGCUGGGGAUGAUUCCACUGAGUCUGUGGAGGAUAUGCCUGUCUUUGGAGUGCCGAUUUCUGUUGCUACGGAGAGGAGCCACUGUCAUGAUGGAGUAGAAAUUCCAGUUCUAGUUCGUGAUUGCAUUGACCAUGUUCAAGAGUGCGGCUUAGGGGUGGAUGGUAUUUAUAAAGUUGCUGGUGUAAAGUCGAAAGUUCAAAACCUCCGUAGGAGCUAUAAUAAGCGAGAAAUGGUGAAGCUUGGGGAUUAUGAUAUACCAACAGUCACCAGCCUGCUCAAAACAUUCCUACGAGAACUUCCUGAGCCACUUUUAACAACUGAUCUCACUCCUCGAUUUGAGGAUGUAGCCACUAUCAAGGAGUUUGCGGUUCGGGAACAUGAGUUGUCUUCUUUAAUAGCCCAACUCCCUUUGUGUAAUCGAACUUGCAUCUCUUGGAUCAUAAGGCAUCUUGAAAAUGUUGCUGCUAAUGAAUGCCAAAAUAAGAUGGGGAUUUCUGCUUUGGGAACUGUGCUUGGUCCAGUUCUUCAAACAACCCCUAGGCUUGUAUCUGUUCUAGUUAUUCAUAGCAGUGCACUUUUUGCUAAUGUUAAAUUAGUCAGGUAUGUACCCCCACUAAGCGCAAGUUGUACAUCUUUGCCAAGUUCCCGAGAAGCUAUUGCUGCUGAGCUUGUCAAGCAAGAAUCCUUACUGAACCAGAUACAUGCAGAAAUGAAUAGUGGAUGCACAAUUCGUUCCGACCAAUUGUGGGAAGUUCAACGUUUCAUAACACUCCUCAAACGCAAACUUCGUAGUUUAGAGAAAGCUCAGGAUGCCACUAACCAAGCAGCAGACAAGGCACCUAUUAAAUCUAACCAGCAGUCUGCUGGCCCGUCCACCUCUACAGCCAAAGCAGCUUCUGUUAGUCCAUCUGUUGAUAAAAUUGACUUUGCGCUGCAGGUGGCAUCUGAAGAAAGCUGUGGAAAAAGUGGAAGUGGAAGUGGAAAUGGAAGUGGAAAUGAUGCUGCUGAUGUGGCUGUAAAAGAAGACCCCACAGAAGCAGAACGUAAGUCAACACCUAAAGAUGAAGCAGAUGGGGUCAUCUCCAAUGAGCAUGUUGCCACAGUCACAUCUGCAGCACAUGAACAGCCGUCACAAGAAGCCACAACCGUUCUUGCGCCUCCUCCAACAUCAGAACAAACUGAUAAUGGAUCUAGUCCAGAGUCAGAAGAGAAAAGUACCACACUUCUUCAGAUAGAACAUGCAGAGCUUUUAAAAUUGCAAAAUUAUCUUGUUCUCCGAAUAACUCAAGAACUAGAAGAGAUUGAAGCUUUGCAGGGAGAAAUUAAAACAGCAAGAAUUAUCAAGUCUGAGCUGUCUGGAAGCAAUUCUAAACAACCAAAUAGUGAUGCAAGAGUGCCCCUAGAAGUCACUGAAAUUUCUACAGAUGAGGCAAAUACUGAAAGUGAGAAAUUUAAGAAAGAGACCAAUGACCUCAGUGAACAAGUUGCUCAGUCAAUGCAGGACAGAAUGAAUCUCGUACGGCAAAUUAUGCUUGAGCGAGAAGCCUGCAUUAGGCUCAGAACGCAAUUACGAAUUAACCAAGACACUGAGACAAAAUAACUAGGUUACAUUUUAUAUUUGACAAUGUGUGCAUCAAUUUUGAUUAUGUUGCAUUUAGGAUAAAUCUAUCUUGUCUUAAUCUUCUACCACUCUUUUAUGCUGAUUCCCUUAGCUUCUUUCCGUGCCUUAGUAGAAGAAAGGAACAAAAAAUUGCUGAAACAAUUUUUCUAUCUUAUGUAUGAUGAAGUGCCAUUGUCUAUUAGUUUUAGCAACUGACUAGCCAAAUAUCAUCCAUUUGACGGAAUUCUUGUUUUAACCUCCUGUGAUACAAGUGCUGUCCCUGAGAAUGAAGUAUCCUAUGACUUUUCUGUGAUGGGUGCAAAUAUUACUUUGAAAUGGUACUUAUUGCCGAGCCUCAGUAUUUAAAUGCUAUUGCCUCCUCCCAUCUUUUUUUAAAGCAAAUUUUUUCAAUGAGAAAAAGAAGUGGUACUUACAGUAAUCACUUAGGACUGUACUAUUACUUAUUAUCAUAUAAUUUAUGCUCUAGGAAAUUGUUUAGUUUUGGAACUAUUUGUAUGGCCUCCCUUGGACUACAUUGUGCAUAUUACCUGUGUCAAUUUGAUUUGACGUAAUGUGAAGUCUUUGCGCUCAUUUAUGUACUACUAUCAUUUUAAUGUUUUGAUAUUUUAUUUUUUACCAGUUGAAGAACCAGUUUUAGUGACAAUAUUCAAAGAAAGUAAAGUAGGAACAUAUUUUCACAUUUGUUUUUAAUUGAUCAAUCACAUUUGUUUAGCAAGUAUUAAAAAUGAUCUGACACACUGAAAAUCUUAGUUAAAAUAAAACUGUUUAAAACUA